AUGAUGAAAUACGUACACCAAUCCAAGAACUUGAUGCUUACACCAUCAGAAAGCCUACUAUAUAUCGAAGGAAAGUUAACAAACACAGAGGGAAAUUAUACAAAGAGAUUGCGAUUUACAAACAAUGGUAUAGCUUUCUUAUUUAGAGAAAUUUGUUAUGAGUUAGAUGGUAUUACUAUUGAUGCCUUAAGAAAUGUAGGACUAGCAUCAACACUAAAAAGUUAUCUAUCCAGUAACACAAAUGAAAGUUUAAAACUGCAAAAUGCAGGUUGGUUUCCACAUAGAAAAGAAGAGGAUAGAAUCUUAGUUGAUGAUAAUGGAAAAUUCUCCGUAUCUAUCCCAUUAAAACUGCUAAUGGGAUUCUUUAAAGAUUAUAGAAAAUUAUACCAUGUUGCAGCAGCCCUUAUUAGAUCUAAUAAUGACUUAGAUGGAGUUUUCUUUAAGGAUGAUGUGACACCUCCAUCUACAACUUUAGAAACCCCAAAAGUUACUUUUGAUAAAAUCUAUUGGAAAGUACCGCACAUUUUAGUUGAUAUACCACAACAACUAGCUCUCACUAGAAUAUUGGAGUCAAAUAAAGAUAUAGUAAUUGGAUUUAGAAGCUGGUUAGAACUUGUUGAGUACUCUUCCCUAACUGAAACAACACGACACACAUGGCCUGUAAAAACAACUAGUAAACUUGAAGCUCCCCGUCAUGUAAUAAUUGCCUUUCAAGAAAAUCGAAAAGGAAAUGUUAAAAAAGAUAUGAGUCAAUUUGACGAUGUAGAUUUAACAAAUAUCAGAAUAUUUUUAAAUUCGAAAGGUAUCCUUAUCAUGACUUAUAUUUAA